UGGGAAAAUUGAGGCCGGGCAGACAGGCAGCAGCAGGGGGUAUAGCUCAGUGGUAGAGCAUUUGACUGCAGAUCAAGAGGUCCCUGGUUCAACUCCAGGUGCCCCCUUCAUGUGGUGGACUUUUUUCUAGAGUAGAAUCACAAGGAGCAUUCCUUCUUUUGUCUGCUUAUGCAUUUCACAGUGCUGCUUUCCACAAUUCCAUAUUCGUGACUCUGAGCGUCCAUCUAAGGAUAUACAGCCCAAAUCAGCGUCUGUGUCAGUGUAAAGGCUACAGUGGUUGUUGGAUCAGUGUGGAAGCUGGACAGGUUCUAACCUGUGUAAUAUCUGUACGAUGUGGCUGUCUGUGAUUCUGGUUGUCUGGGCUCUGUGAAUUGGUUUCUUAAUGCUCCUUGUUCAGUUCUUAACCAAGGGGGUGUAGCUCAGUGGCAGAGCAUUUGACUGCAGAUCAAGAGGUCCCUGGUUCAACUCCAGGUGCCCCCUUCAGAUUGUGUUUUUAUUCAAAGAUAAAUAUGAAGAGCAUUCCUCUUUUUUUUUCUUUUUCUUAGAUCUGUUUGCCUGUGCGUUGCUCUGAGGGCUGGUCUCUCAACUUCCAUCUUCAUAACACUGAGAACUCAUCUAAACAUGCAUGCUCAAAUCAGUGUCAUGCAAAAGAAUCUAACCAGUGGACAUCAAAACUAAGCUCUCUAUAGAUUCCUUUUCUCCUCUGUAUCUUUUAUAGUUCUUAAGCAAGGGGGUAUAGCUCAGUGGUAGAGCAUUUGACUGCAGAUCAAGAGGUCCCUGGUUCAACUCCAGGUGCCCCCUUUGGAUUGGGUGCUUUUUGUUUGGUCGAUUGUUCCUCCCCAGGGUAAAUAUGAAGAGUAAUUCUCCUCGCUUUUAGGUCCUGUGUGCUUCUGCUUUGCUCACAGCCCUGGUCCCUGAACGUCCCUGUUCAAGAUGCUGAGCACUCAUCUGAGGAAUUAUGACCACACUUAUGCUGUGUCUAUUUGUUUUUCAUUGCUCCUUGUCUGUUUGUUCAGCCAGGGGGGUAUAGCUCAGUGGUAGAGCAUUUGACUGCAGAUCAAGAGGUCCCUGGUUCAACUCCAGGUGCCCCCUCUUUACCUUCUUUUCCAACCUUUUUUCUUCCCAAGUCCUUCAUAGACACGAUCCUUAUUCUUCAGAGGUCUUCAAGAUCACUUGUACCAAACUUCUAACAUAAAAGAAGAAAAGCUUUCCAGUUUUCCCGUGGUUUUCCUGAGCAACACACGUACAGGCAAAUAGCACAGUGCAGUAGAGGCGAUGCAGGUCUAGUUUUUCCUGCCUGAGCAGUUGUUGCUAAUUGAAGUAAUUUCUAGAAAGCUGCAUACUCCAUGUAUGACAGGUGUCUGUGCCCCCGCGGGGAUCGAACCCGGCACCCCAGCAGCCGCAGGCAGCGACGCUGCCCUUGAGCCACGCCCCCACCACUGAGCCGCCCCAAAGCCGCGUUUCGCGGGCUCACGUAGCUCAGGGGCAAAGCGCCGGGCUGGGAGCCGAAACGUCCCCGGUUCUAAGCCCGCACUGAACGGCGCGGAACCCCGCUCGCGUCCUCGAGUUUUCGCUCGGCGACGCCGCGGUUCGGUGCGAAGCCCUGGGGAACGGGGUGACAACGGCAAACAGCGGCCUGCAGCUCCGGUCAUCGCUACAGCACGCCGUAGCACCAAGCGCCGCCCGCCUCCUCCUAUCCCUUCGGUAAGACCGUUAAGCGCCGCGCCGGAAGUGACGUAUAUCACACGCGACGCGUUGAGAGGAGACGGCGGCUCAUGUUGAUGACGCACAGCGGGCCCAGUAGCCGAGGAGAAGCCGAGCAGCCAUGGGGGGAGGCGACUUGAACCUGAAGAAGAGCUGGCACCCCCAGACCCUGCGCAAUGUGGAGAAGGUGUGGAAGGCCGAGCAGAAAUAUGAGGCCGAGAGGAAGAAAAUCGAGGAGCUGCAGCGGGAGCUGCAGGAGGAAAGGGCCCGAGAGGAGAUGCAGCGAUAUGCUGAGGAUAUGGGCACUGUCCGGAAAAGAGAAGAAAAGUUGGAGUGGAUGUACCAGGGUCCUGGGGGCAUGGUGAACAGGGAGGAGUAUCUCAUGGGUCGCCCUGUGGACAAGUACGUCUUUGAGAAGACAGAGGACAAGGAUGCUGGCUGCUCCAAUGAGACAGGACUGCUCCCAGGCUCCAUUUUUGCCAAGUCAGGUGCCAACUCUGUCCUGGACAUGGCAAACAAAAUCCGGGAGGAUCCACUUUUCAUGAUCAGAAAGAGAGAGGAGGAGAAGAAGAGAGAGGUUCUGAAUAAUCCUGUAAAAAUGAAGAAAAUCAAGGAGUUGCUGCAAAACAGUUUAGAUAAAAAGGAGAAAAAGAAGAAGAAAGAGAAGAAGAAGAAGCACAAGAAGCACCGGCGUCGCAGCUCCAGCAGUGAAAGUGCCAGCAGUGAUGAGGAGCGAAGCAAAGCCAGGUCUCAGAAGAAAUCCAGCAGCUCCUCCUGGAAACCCAUUCCUUCUAAAGUGCCAGGAUAUGGCUUACAGGUUAGGGACUCUGACAGGAACCACAGAUCUCGGAGUUCUCCAGCUGCUGGGCAGGGCAGAGCCUCCCACAGGCACCGCGAGCGCUCCAGGUCCAGGAGCACAUCCCACUCCCCACAGAGAUGCACGAACAAGAAGAGUGCAGAGCAAUCUGGAUGCAGGGGGUCGAGAUCUCCUUCCAGGCACAGUAAACAACAUAGCAGUCGAGAGGAGAAAGGGAGAGCUGGAAGUCCUUCCCCCAAGAAGAGCUAUCGGCGACAGCACCUUCCAGGUUACACCAGAAAGAUCUCUCCAGAGGAACUGGAGCGUAAACGGCAGGAAAUGAUGGAAAACGCCAAGUGGAGGGAAGAGGAGAGGGUGAACAACCUCAAGAAGCACCGAAAGGAGGAGGAACUGGAGAGAGAACUGGAGAAACUCGACUCUGGGGAUGGAAAGUUCUUGCAUCACUUUAAGCUGGAAAGUGCUUCUACUUCCACUUUAGAAGAUAGGGUGAAGCGGAACAUCCACUCCCUUCAGAGAACUCCUGCUGCCUUGGAAAAGAACUUUAUGCAGAGAUGAAGCUUGUUCUUCCUCUGCUUCUGUGCAGGAGUAAAUUGGACCCUUGUUCCCCAAGGUGAGAGGCCUCCAGCACACGCUCAGUUCUCUCUCCAGGAACCAUCUCCCAAAGAGCUGCUGAAUUUCUGUGCUGCAGCCCACAGCGUGGUCUGAACUUCUGGCACUGUCAAUGUGUUUGUGAUGAGGAUGAUCCCUCAGGCAGACCUCAGCUGGAGAGCUCGUGAGCCCUUGUAUCCUGCAGCACGUUGCCAGAUCUCUUCCUGUUCUCCACCCUGAUUCGUACCGGUUUUGUAUAUUGUUGUUAUUAGAUGAUGCUGGGUGAUAAUUGCUUCCUACACUGGGCAGGUUAUCUGCGCUCUUUAUUUGUGAGAGCAAAAGACCUAUUUUUGUUAGUUCCUUAAAAAUCAGAGCAGGACAAAUUCACGUGAGGUGACUGGAUGUGAUAAAGCUGUGUGAUGGACUGAUGCCAUUCUGCUUGACUGCCAUCAUUCUGCUGUGGGUUUGGAGGGAGAGGUCAGACCAGACUGUAAAAUAUCUUCUGUAGCCAUUAUUUGAUCCCUCUCACCUAUCUCAAUGAUGUUUGGCUCGAGGGCAGCAGCUUCACAGGGAAAGGAAAUGAGCAGAGCAGAACUGAUGCAGCAAAUAUCUCUCUGGGAUUUUGUAAUGUAAGUAAUGUGUAUAUGUACAGCAGUGAAGAUUGUUUUGCCUUUUUUUUUUUUUUUUU